GGGCGGAAGAAGCACCGGUGCCGGCUCCCACGUGGUGCUGCCCGCGGAGUGGAGAAGCCGGUGCCCCGGAGCUGGCGCCCAGGUAAAGCAUAGCAAUGGCUGCUGUUUAUUCUGGCAUUUCCCUUAAGCUUAAAAGCAAGACAACUUCCUGGGAAGAUAAACUAAAACUAGCUCACUUUGCUUGGGUUUCCCACCAGUGCUUUCUUCCAAAUAAAGAACAAGUAUUACUUGAUUGGGCAAGACAGUCAUUGGUUGCAUUUUAUAAGAAGAAACUUGAACUGAAGGAAGACAUUGUUGAAAGGCUGUGGAUCUAUAUAGAUAACAUUCUACACAGCAGAAAAUUGCAGAAUCUCCUCAAGAAUGGAAAGACGAUUAGCCUUCAGAUUUCACUAGUCAAGAUCAUAAAUGAAAGAAUAGCUGAGUUCUCUCUUUUGGGAUCCCAGAGAAACAUCUGUGCUGUCCUGAGCUGCUGCCAGGGCAUCCUCUCGACGCCUGCCCUUGCUGUCAUUUAUGUGGCCAAGCAGGAGCUCAUGGUGGCACUCCUGAGCCAGCUGUGCCAGUCGGCCUGUAGGCAGCCAGAAGGAGCUGUCAUAGCCCAGUUGUUUGAGGUCAUCCACCUAGCCUUUGGGCAUUACCUCUUGAUCCAGCAGCAGCAGGUCAACCCAAAACGUGCCUUUGGGGAAAUGAUUGGGCACCUGUUCCAGCCCUGCCUGGUCCUGCGGCACUUACUCUCGGUGGGCCAGUGGACACAGGGCGGUCAGGGACAGCUUCGGCAAGCCCUGAGCCGGGACAUUAGGAAUCAGAUAGAGGCUAUGCUUCGAGGCGGAGCUUUUCAGCCUGAGCUGCUUUCUUCCUAUAAAGAAGAGCUCUUAGAACAGCAGCAAGGCAGUGCAAAGAUGGGGGCUAUGAAGAACCUUUUGACGCCCAUCAACACCAUGGUCGCCAAGCUGGUAGGUGCUGGCUACUGUGAGCCAUCCCUGCAGGCAGCUGUUGUGGCCAGCUCAGUGGCCUUGCUGUACAAGCUCUUUCUAGAGUCUUACUUCAAGGAGGAGAACCAGCUGCUGUGCUUCCAUGUGCUCCCCAAGCUGUUUGGCUGCUUGAGGAUUUCACGUCUGCAGGAGGGGCAGGUAAAAGCCCUGUCCAUGUCAGACUGGACCACAGAACUUUUAGUUGUGGAACAGCUUCUAAACGCAGUGGUCAACAACAACAUCUACAACAUUGCUGCUGACAGGAUCCGGCAUGGGGAGGUUCAGUUCCAUUUUUACCGCCGUUUGGCUGAGUUGCUGAUAAACCAUCCGCAAGCAUCUGUCCCGGCCUGGUUCCGCUGUCUCAAGAUUUUGAUCUCUCUGAAUCAUUUGAUUUUGGAGCCAGACCUGGAUGACCUGGUGGCUUCAGCUUGGGUUGAUGCAGAAGUGACAGAGUUUCGAACCAGAAAAGCUCAGGAGGUGCUUAUUAACACUCUGUUCCAGACUUAUGCCAAACUCCGGCAAGUACCGUGGUUGUUUGAGGACAUUCUGGGUGUGAUCUGUCGCCCAGCUGCUGAGGAGCUGAGGCAGCCUCUUUUGUCCUUGGGCCCGUCCACAGUGCUCUGUGAGUGCCUUCUGGAGUUGCCUUCAAAUCAGAUCUUGGACACAUGGUCCCUCGUGCUGGAGAAGUUCCAGUCUUUGGUCUUGCCUUGUUUGCUGGGUGACACUGACAUGGCCCUGAAGUCACUGUCACUGAGCUCAGUGCUACACUGUGUCAUGUUUAACAUGAGGAGCCUGGACAGCAACACCCCACUGCCUGUGGUCAGACGGACUCAGUGCACAAUGGAGAGCAUGCUCCGUGGGCUCGUGCAGCCCUUGCUCCACCUCCUCAUUGACUCCCGGGGCCCAGCGCUCGGCCUGUGGCAACAGAAGGUCAGUGACUCUGCACUCCUGCUGGCUUACACAUGGGUCCAGGUGGACACUAUGCUCAGUUUAAACUGUAGCCAAUAUCACUCUGUAUCUGGGCCCCUCAUAGGUGCUGCUCUGGAGAUCUCAGACCUCCCUUCUUUGCUCCCAGGUGUAGAAACAAAACAUUGGAAGAAGAUAGAAAAGCUCACAGCUCAGUUUGACUCUCUCGGCAGGUAUUGCUUAGAACAGCUCUACCUGCAGAAGAUGAAAAGGACUUUAAUGCAAGCUAGUUUCCGGUCUGAAGAAGCCCUCCAGACCCUGAGGUAUGAUGCUGCCUACAUUCUUCGUUCUGGCAAAGAGAGCUUGAGUCAAAGGACGAUGGCUUCCUGGGAUGGCCGUGUGGGGACUGUGAGUGUUCUCACCUACCCUGUAGCACACUGGCACUUGAUUGCCUCAAAUCUCACAAUUUUGAUAUCCUACCUUUGCCCAGAUGAUGUGAGAUACCUAGCUAGUGUCCUGCUAAGGAAUUUACCAAUAAGCAAAGCCCAGGAAAACCCAGCAGAUGAAGAGCCCUGUGUCACCCUUGAAAAGCUAUCCAAGGCCAUCCUUCACAGCCCUCUCUUUCCAGAAAUGCAGUCCCUUCAUUCUGUUUUCUUAAUGUGCGUAAUUGCAAGAUGUACUAACAUUCUGAUUUCUGGUGCCCAGGGUGACGUGGGUCUUCUCAGUCAGCAGCUACCCUGGCUUUUUGAAAAAGACCACACAGUUGUGGCUUAUUGGGAAAACAGACUUGGAAAUAUUGGACCGGAAGGUAUAGAGUCAAGGGGAGAAAUUGCCCAAAAUUUACUACCCUUGGUCAAGAGUGACUUCCCCAUCGAGCUGGAUGCAGGACAAUUGGAAAGCAUCCUGGAGCUUUUGGAAGUUAUCUCUGCUCUACAGCUGGAUAGUCUCUUGGCUGCCUACCACGUGCACUGCUUUCUCCUGUUAUUGUCCAUGGCCAUCACCAAGCUGGGGAGCGCUUGCUUCUCACUAACCCUCAAGUUUUUGAUGACCUGCUACCGGCUUCUUGGUUACCUGCAGAGAGGGAGAAGUGCCCAUGUGGUGUUCAAGAUUGUGUAUGCCAGUGAUAUUUUUCAGAUCGUCCUGACCUCCUUGUUCAAAGCCAGUAGUCGAUUUCUUGUUGAUAUAGAUGACCCCUCUUGGUUGGAAUUUCUGCAAGUGAUAGGGACAUUCUUAGAACAGCUAAUGCAGAUACUCAUCCAGAUGAAGCUGAGUUUGGUGCUCAAUUUUGGGAAAAUCGUCACAUUUCUUUCAAGCUGCAAACUGUACACUGAAGCAGCUUCUGGCAAACAGCAGGAAAACCAGACUUGCCUGGGCAGGCAACUCCUGCUGGUGUCCUUAACUAAGUUGUGCCAAGUCUUGGGGCCUUUUGUCAAAGAACGGAAGCAGCAACGGGAACCCUCAGAGGUGCUGCCUGAGCUGCUGCGGCAGGCCAUUCUGCAGACUGGGGCUGUGCUGCAGCUCUGCUCAGAGCCCAGGGCCACCGGCUGGUGCCUGCCCUCGGCCCUUCUCUCAUCGGUCACCACACUCCUUGAAGCAGAUGUGAGCCAGUACUCUAGAGACAGAGAGGCAGAGAUUUCCGAAGUGUCGGACAAAGUUCUGUUUCCCCAUGCCACCCUAUACCAGACUGUUUACUCUCAGAUAUUGUCAGAGUUGCCAGCUCUAGCAGGAAACGUUCCAUCUUUUCAGGCAGCCUUGCAGUUUUUAACUCUCUUCCUUUUGGCCCCAGAACUCCAUCCCAAGAAGGACUCCAUUUUUACCUCCACAUUUCAUUCUGUGAGAAGAGUUCUUACAGAUCCUGAAGUUCCCAGUCAGGUGAUUCAGGACAUGGAGCCUCAUCUGGGAGCCUUGUUUACCCAGAUGUUAGCAGUUGGGACAACCGAGGACUUCAGGAUGGUGAUGCGGUGUGUUCUCCAAGGACUGAAUGUCAGUAAUGUGUGGACAGCGGAUCUGCAGGCUGUCUUGUCGGCUAUUACAUUGAUCAAGUUGCUGCUGAGCUGCCCAUUAAGUGGAGAGAAAGCAAGUCUAUUCUGGCUCGCGUGCCCCCAGAUGAUCACAGCUCUCACUCUGCAAAACCGAGAGGCUUGCCAGGAGCAGUCUUUGAUCCUCACGGUUGUGGGGCCUAUUUUAGACAUCCUGGCUUCCCUGCUGCGGCAGGGGGAGGAGAUCAUUCACAACCCCCACCACGUCAGUCUGGCCUUCAGCAUUCUCCUGGCAGUGCCUGUGGAUCGGCUGAAGCCUUUGGAGUAUGGCAGCAUCUUCCCGAGGAUUCACAACGUGCUCUUUUCAAUCCUCCAGUGUCACCCAAAGGUAAUGCUGAAAGCCAUCCCUUCUUUCUUGAACUCUUUUAAUAGAUUGGUGUUUUCAGUUAUGCAGGAAGGGCGACAGAAAGACAAAGGAAGCACAGAAGAUCUGACGAUGGUCCUAGAGUGUGCGCGCCUGGUCGAAAGGAUGUACAGCCACAUCGCAGCCAAAGCGGAAGAGUUUACCGUGUUUUCCCCCUUCAUGGUGUCCCAGUAUGUGACAGAGGUGCAGAAGGUGACCUUGUAUCCAGCUGUGAAAGACCUUUUGCAGGAGGGUAUUUAUCUCAUCCUGGACCUCUGCCUUGAACGGGACAUCCAAUUCUUAAGGGUCUCAUUGCAGCCAGGAGUGAGAGAAGUCUUUAAAGAGCUGUACAAUGAUUAUCUGAAGUAUCACAAAGCUAAACACGAAGGAGAGAAAAGAUACACUGUCUAAUGCUGCAUUUCAGAGUAUUGCCCUUGGUGCUUUAAAAAGGCUUUGGGGAAAUCUUGGGAGAACAAAAGACUUCACAUGUUAUAAUUUACAAUGUUGAAAUAAGUGGAAAAUCCUUUGGAGUUUAUGUAUUUUACAGUCAUGGUUUUUUCAUUGACUAUUUUUUAAUAUGCCUUUUUAUGUAGUAAGUUUAUAAUAAAAUCCUGAAAAGA